GAGACGAUUCGCCGUCUGUCUUGCAGAUGGAGGAGCCGGACAGUGGAUGCUACUGCUAGCUGUUACUCGCUUUGUUUUUAAAUGAACGUGUCCAAGUAAUUUGAUUCAGGAGGAUUUCUGUUAAUCUCUUAUUUUAUUCUGUUGCGUUUUCUCCUCUGUCUUCGAGCCUAUUUAAUGUGUUUGUUUUGUACAGUAUUUAUUUUGCAGUUAGUAGCUCGGCUAGCAUCUUUGUUGGAAGUUUAGGCCUACUGUGCUCACCGCUGGUCGAUUUUAACAAUAGCCGCCGACACACUCCCCUCCUUGGCUUGUUUUGAUCCAUUCAAAGGAUUGUCUCUAACAAAGCAGGUGAAGAACAUGAGAGAUAAACAAGUCUGGGCACCUAUCAGAAACUAGGACAUUUGUUAUGCAGACGGACUUUUAAUUUAGCUGGAACUGGAGACAUUUUAAGAGCUGCAUCACAGAAAACCAGACCACAAAGGAAGAUGUCCAACGGCGCAGCAGGGAGCGGGGCUCUGGCUUGGAUGGUAAGUUACUGUGGGAUACAACUAACUUGCUUGUCGUUUGAAACCUGGAUAAUGCACUGAAAACACAUCACAGUAACAAACCACGGUUAGCCGGUUUGUUGCAUGCUUUGGUUAGCAUUUAAACCCCCCAGCGUGCUUCUAGUGUUGGACUCCCAUCCUGUAUACAACAGAGCGGGCAGCUGCCGUUUCCAUUUAAACACCCUCCGGGUAAAAUCAGCCAUUAGAGGGGUGUUCACAGGGAUUUAAAUAAACUGAUAAAUCCAGGAGCUUGACAGCAUGUUUGUGUCCGCAUGAGGACAGCAAUGUAAAGAGUUAAUCGUUUACAUCAUCCUUCCUAAGGCGAACAACUUGGUGUAAGUCAAAGUUGUAUGAAUUCAGCCUUCAGCAGACUCUCACGGCGUUAGUGUUUAUCCCCGCACAAUAACAUUGGUUGUAGCUAGUCUUUUUCUUUAAACUAGUUCGAAGUUAACCUUUGCACAGCUCUCAUAAAAUGUAGAUAAUCUGGGUUAAACGUGCCGAGACUCAAAUACUACAACAUAGUAGACCCGUGUAUGUGUGCCACGGGAGUUGUGUUAUGGUCUGUCAUUGAGCAGUUAGCACUAACUUAUCAGCACCUUAAAUAUCAUGGUGGUUCAGUCUGGUUUAGAUUGCUUGGUUAAUUCAGACAAAAACCACUCCCCCUUCAUACUGCAGACAUGCAUUAAACAUGUGGUGCAGGUCCACUGAACUCCUACUGAACCUGCAAAUACUUUCAUGAUGCUUUUAUCACACAUUGACAUGCAUAUUUCAUCAUUUUGUGGCCACAGUAGCUUUAACCCUCGUCGGGACUCUGAAAUGGAGCAUCUCUAUUGGAAAGAGCUCCAUCAGGUACUCAGUUUCUCUUUGCUACAUCUUUAAAGGGACUGUGACUGGUUAAGAAAAUGACUCAAACUGUCCUGUUAUGACCUUCUCAACAAACAAGUUCAUCAGUACCAAUACUGAUCAUUUCUCAGUUGUGAUUUUUAAUGCUGGAGAUCACUUUACAGGAGUAGGUUUCAGACCAGAUGAGUUUCAGAAACAGUCCUUUUAAAAUGUUUUUAAUGACUGUAAAUAAUAUAUUUCAUUGUGUGAAGACAUUAAGAUGAGGUGUAUGUCUGAAAAUACAGCUUUAUACUGCUAAGAUAUGUUCAGGACAAAAGAUAAGAGGUGUGCCAGAGCCGACACAAACAACAAGUUCUUUACAGCAUCUUUAAUCUGAUUACAAGGAGAUCAUACCAUUAGCAAAAUGAUUAAACUAUGAUGAUGUUAAAUCUAGAAUUUGAUUGAGCUGAGAUUUAUUUUUAAGGCUAUUUUGGCUGUUAUUAAAAGAGGACAGUGGAUAGAGCAGAAACAAGGGAGAGAGAGUAAUCAAUCAAUCAAUCAAUCAAUCAAUCAAUCAAUCAAAGUUUACUUGUAUAGAACUGUUCAUACAAUUGAAAUUGCAACUCAAAACGCUUUACUUCAGGACAAGUUAUUAAAAUAGACUAAAACAGACAAUAAAAUAUGAACUUGAAUUUAUUAAUAAAAGAAGGUAAAAAGUGAUACUAAUGAAUAAAUAAAUUACAAUAGUAAUUAAAAUAAUGAAGCUUUACAUAAAAGCCAGGCUAAAUAGAUGAGUUUUUAGGUAACGUUUAAAGAUUUCUAUAUUUACAGCUUGUCUCAGACCCUCUGCAAGUUUGUUCCACAGUUUUGGAGCGUAGCAGCUAAAAGAAGCAUCACCAAUUUUUUUUGUUCUUCUCUGUGGAACGACUAAUAGAGAAGGUUGAGAGGAUCUGAAAGGCCGCCCUGGUUCAUAAAUUAAAAUCAUCUUUGAAAGGUACUCUGGUGCCAGGCCAUGUAGAGCUUUAUAAACUAGUAACAGAAUUUUAAAAUUAAUGCGAAAACUAACAGGCAGCCAGUGCAAAGACUUCAAAACCGGUGUAAUAUGAGCUCUUCCCCUGGUCCUAGUCAAAACUCUAGCAGCAGAGUUUUGGAUCAGUUGUAGCUGGUUUAUUGUGCUUUUUGGUAGACCAGAGAGAAGGGCAUUACAAUAGUGAAGCCUGCUGGUUAUAAAAGCGUGCAUUAGUCUCUCUGUCUGGCACAAAGAGAGAAACAGUUGUACUUUAGUAAUGUUUUUAAGAUGGUAAAAGGCUGUUUUAGUGACCCCCCCUAGCAUGAGUUUUAAAAUUAAAAUCAGCAUCAAAGACCACCCCGAGAUUUCGUGCUUCUUGGCUGGGGUUAAGUCCUAUUUUGUGGAGUUUGGGGGUCAGUUUCUCUCUCUGAGCCUUUGAACCAAUUCUUAAAACCUCAGAUUUGUCCUGGUUGAGCUGCAAAAAAUUCUGUGACAUCCAGGCUGUUACAUCUAAAAGGCAAUUUAAAAGUGACUCCAACUGGCUGUUGUCAGAGUGACAUACAGGAAAGGGACCUCAAGGUAGAAUCGAACCUUAGCCACUUGUAUAUGGGCAUGCUCUGACUUGCAAACAAUACAAACAAAAAUAAAUAUCUAAUGUCAAACACAGAUGUGUGUGUUUUUUUUUUUUUUUUUUAUAUUCCUGAAAAUCCCCUUUUUUUAAACCAACAGAUACAGCCAGUCAUUACUCUCCAUAACGUUUUGUUUGUUGAACACAACAUGCCCAAGGAAUUCAUGCCCUGGUAGUUUAUUUCUGUUAGCUAUCGGUCUUUUAAAUCACAAAGCUACAGAGAGGGUGAGGGGGUUCACCCUGUGGUGGUGAGCGCAGAUAAUCUGCUGUCAGCAGCUCCGUUCAGCAGGGUCAUUUCCCUGAAGGUCCUGGGGUUUUGAAAGAGUCAUGUACGAAAUAAUAACAAAAAGCAUUUCUGCCAAACAGGAGGCAGCGAAUGGCAGAGGUGAUACCGGCAAGAUGGAGGGGGCAAAGAAAGACAAGGCCAGCUCCAAACUGUCGGUGGAGCGAGUUUACCAGAAGAAGACGCAGCUAGAGCACAUCCUUCUUCGUCCAGACACGUACAUCGGCAGCGUGGAGCCCAUCACCCAGGUGAGUCCAAAGAAAACUGCCUCAAAGUUGCUGCAUUAUAAAGAAGUAGACAGCUGCGCAGAUUUGACAGUGUGGCAUCGUUGGGCUGUGUCAGCAAUAAAAUGUUUUAGUUUUGCUGUCAAACAUUUCUACACAGUUUAAAGCUGCUCUCCAACCAUGAUAUUGAGCCUUUAAUCUUGUUUCUCACCACCUGGACCUUUUAACUGUGUCCUCAUGUAGAAAUAAUGUCUCUGCUUGGCAUGGGAACAGCUUAAAUAAUCUCUUACCUCCUUCAGAUGUAGGCAGUAUUACCAUAGAUUUUAUCUGCUUAACAAUAUCCAGUUUAAGUGACACGUUUUUUUUCACUGCGCUUGAUGCUACUGAGGGCUGAUGUUUGUUUUCGUUUGAGGGGGGCGUGGUCAAUCGGGGAAGAAGUCUAAUGGCUGAUAAGAAACUAGAUUCAAGCAGACGUUUCAGAGGAUCAGCCGUUUCUUUUGCAUGGCUCUUUCUGAUAUCGGCUGCAGUCUGCUCCUCGAAUAUGUCUUGUGGCUUCACAAACACACAGACAGACUUUUUUUCUGGCAGCCAUUAUCAUAGAACUUUUGGAGUCAAACCAAACAAGAGUUCAAGAGAUUCUGCUAUCCAAAGAUUUGUUAUUUCAUGUCAGAUUUUGGAGUCCCAAAGUUUAUAAAAAAUGCCACAGUGUUGGCCUGAGGCUGCCCUCUUCUGUCCUGGCCGAGGUUGAGAUAGCACUGCAGUAAGCAGCAUGCUGUAGUAAACAAAGUGUUGUGUAAUGUGAAACUUCCGUUCUCACUUAGUUUCACAUUCCAAAUAUAACGCGGGUCUCUCAGCAGCUGAAACUGUCCAACCGCUUAUAAACAAAUACAACAAAGAGCUGAUUCAAAACAAACACCCACUCAAGCAAAAGGCCACAAGUUUGCUGAAAGGACUUCUGUCUCAGACAAGAAGAUCUUCUCUGAUGCAUUAUUGAGUGAAGAAUAUUAUUUCUUUCUUCUGGAUAACUGAAGAAGCAUGUUGAAAAUGGAAACAAUAUCAUCUCUGUUCCUACUAAUUUAAUUCUUCAUCUAAUUUACAUCCAGAUUGUAUUCAGUAGCUGUUUGAAACCAGGGAGAGCGGGUAUGAAUUCAGAGAAACAAAGAGAGGGGCAAAUAUGAAAUGCCUUUCAGUUAGAGAGGUCAACUUUUACUACAACUAUGAGGUGAGAAUUAAAGAGUUGAAGUUCAAUUUAAUCAUUUAAGUAUGACAGAAAAGUUAUAAAGACGAGGUUUAAACAUGGGUAUUAUAAAAGUAAAUGAAAACCUGUUUGAACUGGUCUCACUGUUUUGUUAGACAGGACUGAUUUUUUUUAUUCUUGUAUUUUUUAUGUGUGUAAAAUAUGAAGUUUUCUUUGUUGAAUAUAGAUUAUAAACCAACGUUGAAAACACCUUACAUGACUGACACAUUACGUGACAGAAAACAGAAUAAACCCUGGAUAAUUUAAUUUAUCAGAGUAAUGAAUCUCUUUUAGGAUAAGUAAUUAUUGUAAAACCUGCACUGAUACUGACAUCAGUCCAGAAACCUACCUUCAAGAUGGAUUAUUGAUCAAACUGAGACAGGACUUCUUUCUACAGACUUCAUGUUUGAAUAACUCUGUUGUUUAAGAUUUUUUCAAUAGUCUCUCUGUGUCAUCAAGUCUGAACUUAAAUGCUUUUAUGUUUUGUCCUCCAGCAAAUGUGGGUUUUUGAUGAAGACAUCGGGAUGAACCAGAGGGAAAUCACCUACGUCCCCGGACUUUACAAAAUCUUUGAUGAAAUUCUCGGUGAGUGCUGAUCCUGUCCUAAAGGUUCAUUUGUCAUUAGGAUCGGUUUUCUCUGAAGCUGUGAUGUUUUUUGCUUCUAUGUAAACGUCAUUCACUGAAUCACAGCCUGCUCUUGGCGCUGCUCAGCAGCUCUGAUGAAGACUCUGUGUGGAGGUGUGUUUCCUUCUGUGAGCUCAUCUCGGUGUUCUGGUUGCAGCCUGAGUAGACUUUUAUUAGAGAGGAAAUCAGAACAAUAGCAGUGUUUCAGCUCAGUGUCAGAUUACAAGUGAAUUAAACGCAACUCACAUCCUGUUAGUGGAGUUUAGACUUUUAGCUGCAUCAUUGCACACGAAACAAUGAGGAGCAACGACACUGAAGGCUGUGAACUAUGCAGACCUAAAAUCAGUCUUCUCUUUUCGGGGUUUAUUUGACGCUGUUGCCCAUUGUUUCCAAGUUUUAUUAUAUAUUUAGUUAGAAGCACGCCCGGUCAGCUGUUCUCCACCAUAUAAAGGUCAAUAAAGCAGUUUAACAGGCUCUCAUAGUUUCAAUGAGUCCGAGUGUUGCUCCGCUGAUACCUCUGCUCAUAAAGCGUACCGUGUAAUCAGGUUUUAAACGAUGCCGUUCACCACAUGAGAGCGUUGUUGAUGAUUGCUUUCAUCUCAGCUUGUGUGUUUUAUGAAGUUGUUUGAUUAAUGACACCUUUGUCAGGGUGGGUAUCACUGCUGUGUCUGUGUAAUUAGGCGCACGCCAGGAACAGAUAUUAAGGACAGAUUUACUUCCAAGCUGCUGGUAUGUUGUCGCUCCAGUCAAGCAAGUGGGAAAUUAAUUUAAUGAGAGGCCCUAUUUUCAAGGGUGAAUAUUAGAUAAUAAACUAUGAGAUUAAAAAAAACUGUAAGAUAUAAAAAUUCGAUCAAAUAAAGCACACUAAGAAAAUAAUAGUCAUUUGAGACAAAAGUCUAACAUUGGCCAAAACAUAACAGAAAAAAGACAAAUUUCCUGAAGUCCCAAGCAACCGCAGAGCCUCAUAGUUCAAGGUAUCACAGCAGAAGCUUUUAUUGGCAGAAUUGUAAAAAAAAAAAAAAACAAACAACAAUGAAGAAACUGUUGGCUUUGUUUUUAGGUUGAACUGAGGCCCAAAGUAACCACUCAUCCAAAGUGAGAGAUAAAGCAUGGAAAUGAAAGAAACCAAAGUAGAGCCACUUUCCUCCCUAACUAACGAAAACAGGAGGAAACAAUAUUAAUUAGUGAUUCACCUGUGCAUGAUCAAACACAAAAAGGCGACCCUGGUCGGUUAGGAGAGUAAAUUAAACUAACAGGAAAAAUACACGAUGUGCCAUAACACAGAGUGCAGUGUGCCACACUUGGCAAUCCGACAUCAUUCACCUGCUUGUGUUGAUCUUGUGUUCAGUUGUUUGACUGUUUUCUGACCUUCAGACUUCUGGGUUAGCGGGUGUUAAAAGUGCCGCUUCAACACCCUUAAUUUACACAAAACUAACUCGGGAGGUUAAACAGCAUCCCCUGAUUAGGCUUGGGUAUCAGGGACCAGCUCUAAUUUAGACCAGUUCCAAGUUUCUGAAUUCAUGGAUUUGAUAAACUUCAGUGUAGGUUUUUUUGAUUCUAAACAGCAACAUCAAUCUCUAAUGAACACUUCAAUUCAUAAAGAAAAAUCCAUGUCCUGGUUAAUACCUGAUAGGGAUGCACCAAUCAGAUAUUUGGAUCAGAUACUGGCUCUGAUAUUGACAAGUUAUCUGGAUCGGAUAACAGAUAAAUGAUGCACCUCCAGCGUUCCGAUGCAGUCUUUUUGCUUUUCUUUGAAUAAUUUUUCUUUUGAUACAUGAAUAUCGUACUUCUUUUCGUAGUAGUUUUAAACGUUCUUUAAUGAAGUCAUUUCUUGAAAAAAAAAAAGUUUGGCAGAGAAGCAUCGGUGUAAAACACUCACAGAAAAGUCGGGUUCUCUCAAAGGUUGCAGAGAUGCAGUUACUGCAAUGACUUGAAACUGAUGAUAGGAAAUAUGCUGUAACAGUCUGGCUUUAGUGUUUUCUUGCAUAUUUUAGACAAACUAUCAACCAAGCCCGUUUUCAAGUCUUUAAAAAAUCAUCUUUGGACCCUCCAGCUCCUUCUUUAAUAGACUCAUACUGAAUAAAAGGUUUAACUACAGUACAUCCUUAAGAUGUUUUUAUGGCAGUAUUGUGUCAGGUGUCGGAUACUUCUGCUUAUUAACUGUUUUUUUUUUCUGCUCUUUUCAUUGACAGUAAAUGCAGCAGACAACAAACAGAGAGACAAGAACAUGUCAGCCAUCAAGAUCACUAUUGAUCCGUAAGUACAGAGGAGAGUGUAUACCAGCACUGACAGAAAGAUGUGUUUGUUGCUGCAUGAUCAGCUUUUGACAAAGAGCUCGUCACAUCCUUAAAUACUAACCAGCUGCUCCUGCAGAAAGGGAACUGUUAGUAAUGAAUGUCAGUGAUUUGUAGCAGAGAAGUCUCAGUCCCUGUCUGUGUCCAGGUAGCUGCUUUCUAUGUGCAGUGUAUAUAACCAGGGUUUUGUGAAUCCCUGCAGUGAGUGGAAGGACAUAUGAGACAUGAAUCCAAGCAGAACCAGAGUAUAAUGAGCCUGUGCUGAAAUGCAUGGAGCUCCUCUUUUAUAUGCAGUACCUCCAGCCUGCCAGCUGCAUCCACAUCAGACUACUUAAACAGCAGCGUGUCCUUCAGCCGAGCUGCUGCUGUCUCUGCAGUAACGACUGCUGCUGUAUAAAUGACACCAUUAUCUCUGCUGCACGCAGGUCUCUGAUGCUAAUGUGGUGUUAGAGAGACGUUAAUGCUCCUCUCUAAAGCUCCCUCAGCCUGUUUGUGGGUGAGCUUAUUAAACACUGUCGUUGUGAUUUUGAGUCGCCACAAACCAGCUGCAUCAUAACAUAACAGUGCAAAGGUACUGAGUGAUGGCUUCUGUGGCAGACGCAGACAAGAGCCUUCUCUUAGAUAGUCUGUCUUCUAUAAUGUGAAAACACUGAUUCUGUUAGGAAAGAAAACCUGCCUUGAAUUUUCUCUGUAAUAUCUCUAUUGAUUGACAGUAAUGGACGAUUUCCAGACCUAAUGAAACCUUGUAGAUCUCUUGGUGGGCACAUGGUUUUCUUAGUGCCCCAAAUGAACAUAAGGCUCGUUUCUCUGCUCUCUACAGUGUUAUUUUAAUUUAGAUUUUGAAGUAUUUUAGUCAAACUCAUCCUUGUUUUUUCUCUGCUUCCACCAGUGAGUCUAACACCAUUACUAUAUGGAACAAUGGCAAAGGAAUACCUGUGGUGGAGCACAAGGAUGAGAAGAUGUACGUCCCAGCUCUCAUUUUUGGUCACCUGCUCACCUCCAGCAACUAUGAUGAUGAUGAGAAAAAGGUCACAGGUGAGAAAAGACGGUGAAGCAAAAACAAUUGAAGUAUUUUUAAAAGAGGAUUUUCCUUUUGUUUUCCCUUUAAAUGCCCCGACCCUGCCAACAAACUUGCAGAUAUGUUGACCGUGAUGUAAACUCUGAUCAAACAAAGUCUCAUGGCAAGUAUGUUCUGGUGUGAAAUUUCUAAAUGAACUCUGCAGUCUCAAUAGGUGGUUUUCUAAGAUGGAUCAAGAAGCGGAGUUUUGUUUUAAUUUCUCUUUGUUUGGUUCAAGGUGGGAGGAACGGGUACGGUGCUAAACUCUGUAACAUCUUCAGUACCAAGUUCACCGUGGAAACCGCCUGCAAGGAAUACAGACACAGUUUCAAACAGGUGAGGAUGAGUGAAAAAGCAUCAUUUAUAGUUUUUGUGUAAGAUGCAUCAAAGGUAAUCGGCUCCCAGUUACAAGUCAGCAUCCCUGAUGGUACGGGGAUCAUCAGAGUCCAUGUAUGUCAUGGGUAGUUUCCACAUCUGUGAGGGCUCCAGACAUUGUUAAUCUUAUCUAAUUACAAGAUUUCAAUUUCAAGUCUUCACCACAUGUUCUUAAAAAUAUUGCUGUUCUGUAGGUUUUCACAUGUGGUCAUGCGAGAGGUAAGAUUUUCAUCGUUAUGGUCGCACAUCCAGGUGUUUAUCGGCACGGUUGUCAAGGGAACGGGUGUUUAAUGUCACUUGUGUUUCACUGAAGGUGGUCAGGAUUUAGAAACCCAUGUGUAUAAAACUGUUUGAGAAAUGUGACCGAUGAAAUCAGCUUAAUUCAAAGUGAAUUUGAAAUAAUCUACUUUUCCAUCCUCAGACGUGGCAGAACAACAUGAGCAAGACUGCUGAACCGAAGAUCAAGUUCUUCGACGGGGACGAUUUCACCUGCGUGACCUUCCAGCCAGACCUGUCCAAGUUUAAGAUGGAGAAACUGGACAAAGAUAUUGUAGCGCUUCUUACCCGCAGAGCAUACGAUGUAGCCGGCUCCUGUAAGGGGGUCAAAGUCUCUUUGAAUGGAAAAAAACUACCUGUGAGUCCCUAUCUUCCUUAUACUCUACUUAAUGAUUUUCAGGAGUGGUGUUACGCACGUGAAUAAUCAUCUCUGUCUGUGUCCUCUUUGUCCCUUUAGGUUAACAGCUUCCGCAGCUACGUUGAUCUGUAUGUGAAGGACAAACUAGAUGAGACCGGCGUGGCGCUGAAGGUUGUAAAUGAGACUGUGAACGAGCGGUGGGAAGUUUGCCUCACCCUGAGCGAGAAAGGAUUCCAGCAAAUCAGCUUUGUAAACAGCAUCGCCACAACCAAGGUACCUAAAUAUCAACAGUGCUUUGCUCCAUUUGCUUAUUAAAGGGGAGGGAACAAAAAAAUGACCCCCGAUGAAGAUUGGCUCAGAUCUGGAAGCUAAACAGAGAUCAGGACAUUUUUGACUGUUUGUUUGAUACCCACCUGGUGGAAGGAGCUUCAUACAUUAAAAACGACUAUAUGGUAAUAGUAAAUGUCUCUUUUGCUUAACAAGCUCAUAAAAAAAUCAUCAGUUUCAAUUCCAGUGUGUUUUAAAAUCAAAUAGAAACUCCUCACAGGAGCUUUAAAUAGCACUGUGUCAAGUGUUUUGACAGUAUUUAAUCAGGGGAAAGAAUAUCCUCCCAGCCAUACUGUCCUAAAGCUCCUGACACAGGGUGAUUGUAUGUGUGUUUCAGGGUGGCAGACACAUUGACUACGUGGUGGACCAGAUUGUGUCCAAACUUAUUGAAGUAGUGAAGAAGAAGAACAAAGCUGGAGUGUCCGUCAAACCUUUCCAGGUACAGAUGUUUGACUCAACAUUUCUAAAAACAGAAAAAUGUUGUUUCAUGAAUAAGAAAUCGUAACUGAUAAAUCUUGCCCCUGCCUCAGGUGAAGAACCACAUCUGGGUGUUUGUGAACGCUCUGAUCGAGAACCCCUCCUUUGACUCUCAGACCAAGGAGAACAUGACUCUGCAGACAAAGAGCUUCGGGUCCAAGUGCCUUCUGUCAGACAAGUUUGUCAGAGCUGUAAGGGCGCUCAGCAUCCACUUUCAUCUCCUCACUCUGUUUGGUGGUUCGCUAUUUUUGUAAAAAAAAUAAAAAAUAAAAACAGCACAUCAGCCAUGAAAGCAUUUUAUGUCUUUGUCACCCGCAGGCAACCAACUGCGGGAUCGUCGAGAGUAUCCUCAACUGGGUGAAGUUCAAAGCUCAGACACAGCUGAAUAAGAAGUGCUCGUCUGUGAAGCACAGCAAGAUCAAAGGCAUCCCCAAGCUAGACGACGCCAAUGAUGCUGGUGUGUUAAACUGUGAUUAUUUAUUAAUGUCCAACACCGGGCCUCUUCAGCUAAACCCUCAGAUGUUGAUGUAGAAAAGAGAGAGAAGCUUAAAGAGCAGAUAAUUGGUUGGUGUGUGUUAAUAAAAGACUACAUUGCCUCACAAGAGCAUCACUUGCACAUUACUGCUGUCUCCUAAAUUGUGAUACAUGCCCUUUCAGCUAAAUUAACACAGUUUGGGGAGGAAUUUAAAGAACGGAUACUCCAUCAAUUCUGUACAAGUAAUUAAAGCCUUUAUUUGCCUUGUGCUGGAAGUUAAAGCAGGCUUUUGUAUCUGAGCUUGAACAUUUUGAGUGAAUCUUAGACCCUCUGGAUGCAGCUAAGCCAGUUUGUUUUCAUGUUAAGGGUGAGAUUCUGUCAUUUCCUGGUCUGAAUGAUGUCAUUAUUUCCCUUACAUGGACUACAUCUGUGCAGCUUGCCCGUGUAUAUUAAGGGCCAUGCUGGUAUAAUAAAGCACUUGACUUGUUACUCGUUAAAAAAAAGCCAUCUGCAUUUAGUAAAACACACCUGCCCUUGCAUUCUCCCUCUAUAGGAAUCACCUCCACACAGGUUACAGCACAGGUCUGCAGGUUAGCAAAGAGAGAGGCAUGUUAAGGUGCGGUUCAGGACACACGCUGAGCUUUCAAAGAGUUUCAUUUGAUCACUUCAGACAGUCUGCAGCUCUUUGUGAAGCUACCAGACUAUUGACUAAAAUAUGUUUUUCUGUCCUACACUGCCUGGAUUGGUUAGACAAAUAUUUGGGAUCUAAAGCUGCUAUGGUUACACAAAACCGUUUAUCUCUGUAGGGUCACAUUUUUGUGUCUGUAGCUUAAAAAGAAAGAGCCAUUACCAGGAAGAAGGGUGAUGAAAUUCUGUCUGCCAAAAUAAAAUGUUCACUUGCUGUUAUUUUGAUUCAGAACCAUCCACAAACUGAUCAAUUCUUUAUAUCUAUCUGUCCUAGGUGGUAAACACUCCUCUGAAUGCACACUGAUCCUCACCGAGGGAGACUCAGCCAAGUCUCUCGCCGUCUCUGGACUGGGAGUCAUCGGGCGUGAUCGCUAUGGGGUAUUUCCACUGAGAGGAAAGAUCCUUAACGUUCGGGAGGCAACGCACAAACAGGUCUGAAACUGAUUAUGUAGUCUCUACUACCAUCCUCCUUAUUCAGUGUUGCACAGAAUACAUAUAAAACAAACAAUAAGUUCUGCUGUUUUAAUGUAACUGCCGUACAAUACACCACAAAGCACAUGAGUGGAAGCACACAUAUAAUUAAUCCUACAACGUCAAACACAAGCAGCAUUCAGCCAUACCGUCAUAUUGAUAUCAGGGGCGUUACGACCACCUUCUGGACCAGAUGUAUAAUAAACGAAUGAAUCAUCAAAUACUCUCGCCAAGUUUUACUGCGUAUCUCCGCUCCAUGAUAAGCGUCAAAGUCUGAUCGUGUUGAUCAGAAGAACUACAAACAAAUCCCAUUUGUAGUGCAGAGAUAAUAUUUUGCCGUCACACUGCUGUGCGGUGACUAGAUGUGGCACUUUUUAGUUAAAGCUCCAGUGAAGAGUUUUUUAUAAUUACUUUAUGUUGUACAUGAGUAAACAAAACCAUUUGCCACGAUAUCUUACAGUCAUUUUUCAUGUCUUUCUGUCCUGCUGAACAAAGCUGAAAAUUUGCAGAUGGUUAUUUCAUGUCAGCUUCCAUUUUGCAUGAUUGGUUGAUUCACAGUGAUUAAAAAGUGUUUGUAUGGUGGGACUUGAGUGAACUCUGCAUAAAUGUGUCGUUUCCUUAAUUCGACAGAUCAUGGAAAAUGCAGAGAUCAACAAUAUCAUCAAAAUCGUCGGCCUUCAGUAUAAGAAGAGCUACGAUGAUGCUGAGUCCCUGAGGAGCCUGCGCUACGGCAAGAUCAUGAUCAUGACAGAUCAGGUGACCCUCUUCAUAGACUCGAACACAGCUGCAAGUUCACUAAUAAGGAAUAAAAACAGCUUUUUUAAAACACUUCCUCACUCCUCACAGGAUCAAGACGGCUCCCACAUUAAAGGUCUGCUCAUCAACUUCUUCCACCACAACUGGCCGUCCCUCCUGAAACACACAUUCCUGGAGGAGUUUAUUACCCCCAUUGUCAAAGUAAGAGGGGGAGACACACACACGCACGCUCACAAACACUGUGAUGAAAUAAAUCUGAUCGUGAGAGGCACUGGGCUGCAAAGCUUAUGGAAAUGUAUUUUCUGCAGGCGACCAAGAAUAAGCAGGAGGUGGCUUUCUACAGCAUUCCAGAGUUUGAGGAGUGGAAGAAACAGACGGAGAAUUUUAAAACCUGGCAUAUAAAGUACUACAAAGGUUUGCUAAUCAAGUAUUUGACUAAAUUUACACUGAAUUCACAAAUAAAGAGAUGCACAAAUCUUUUCAGACGGUAGAGUUUGUAGUUUGUUAGGAUGUGUUUGGUUAAAGCUGUUGAAUCUUCAUUCAGGUUUGGGUACAAGUACAAGCAAAGAGGCGAAGGAAUACUUCGCUGAUAUGGAGAGACAUCGCAUCAUGUUCAGAUACAGCGGGGCCGAAGAUGAUGCCGCCAUUACCCUGGUGAGAAACGUCCUAGAACCUUUUGUUUGCAUGUGCAACGUAACUCUGAAUGUGUUGACUCUGCACUGCGGCUCUUAGUGGGGGAUAUUUGUAGAGGGCCACCAGAGAGUUUAGGCAGUGACUGGAUAUGAGAGGUGUGAACACAUGGAAGAAGUCGCAAAGGUCACUGGUGUGUGAACUCUGCAUCAUCAAAAUAAUCUGUUCAUAACAUUUCAGUUCAGUAUCAGAGAAAUGCCCAAAAAUGGGUUCUGUGUGGGGCUGGGAGAAGGUACAGAUGAGCUGAUUUGUUGUUUACUAGCUCCACAUAGACAUUUCCGUCCAUUCAAGAUCUGUGGCAAUAUUCUGUAACUGGAUUUCUGGAAGUGUAGAGGGCAUUUACAAACUUUUUCUUGAGACUUGACUCAUAGUUAUCCCAAAGUGAACGGUGCUUCUAUAGCCAUACAUACAUGCAGUUAACGUAAGCUGAGCAGAAGUUUUGUGGGUUUUGUGUUUCAGGCCUUCAGUAAGAAGAAGACGGACGACAGGAAGGAGUGGCUGACCAACUUCAUGGAGGACAGACGCCAGAGGAGGCUACACGGCCUGCCAGAGGUUUGCGGCUUUGGUCAAAGUUGUUAGGAGAAAGACGGUUUAGGUGUGUGUGUGUGUGUGUGUGUGUGUGUGUGUGUGCGUGCGUGCGUGUGUUGAGGUUUCCUCCAUUUAUUCUUCAAACCAACUCUUAAGGGUCGUUUGACAGUUUGUUAAACUUCAGAAAGCUUCUUCCUCUGCUAAAACUUGUCGUAAUCCACUCUAGUGACAUUUAUUGCUGAUUAAAGUACGUGUAUUAAAUUUUAUUUUGAUGGGGUCCUUGUAGCAAUACCUGUAUGGGACCCAGGCCCGGCACCUCUCCUACAAUGACUUCAUCAACAAAGAGCUGAUCCUCUUCUCCAACUCUGACAACGAGAGAUCCAUCCCCUCCCUGGUGGAUGGUCAGUUAUAUGUCCUGUUGUAUUUUGUAUCUGUGAUGAUUUGUAAUCAAUCUGUUUUGUAGAUAAGUCUAAUCAGGACCGUCACUCCAUUUCCUGACUCAGGAAAAAUGACCAUGUGUUGAUGAUGCUGUGUGUGUGACUCUCCUGUAGGUUUGAAACCAGGCCAGAGGAAGGUGUUGUUCACCUGCAUGAAGAGGAACGACAAGAGGGAAGUGAAGGUAGCACAGCUGGCCGGCUCAGUGGCAGAGAUGUCUGCCUACCAUCAUGGAGAGGUACAAUUACAAAUCAGUCCCUUCUGAUUAUUGACCACAAAAAGUUUUCUGUACCAACAGGCAGGAUUGAUCAUUAGCAGCUUGCUAGCUUGAGAUUUCUAUGUCGUGUUGUGUUUCACACUCUGUAAAAUAUUACAUUUCUGAGUUCUAACUGGUUUUUACUCAACAAACCACACAACCUGAAGAUGUUCUUUGACUUUUCUGACCAAGUGGUAUCAACAGAUUGCAUCUAUUUCUAUUUAUUGAUCAUAAUUAACCAGAACUGACUGUAAAUGCUUAUUUUCUCCUUAUAGCAAGCCCUCAUGAUGACCAUUGUGAACUUGGCUCAGAACUUUGUUGGCAGCAACAACGUGAACAUCCUGCAGCCGCUGGGUCAGUUUGGUACUCGUAUUAACGGCGGCAAAGACGCUGCCAGUCCUCGUUACAUCUUCACCAUGCUCAGGUAACACAGCAGUGAGAAGAAAGACACUUAUCCAAUCUCUCAUGUCAAGAAAUGUUCUUUUGUGCUGCUCUUCCUGCAGUUCUAUGACUAAUUUUAUGUUACAAAGUCCUAAAAUAUUGCUCUCAUUCCUCUCAGUCCUCUUGCAAAGCUGUUGUUCCCGGCUGUGGAUUCAAACCUCUUGAAGUUCCUCUAUGAUGACAACCAGAAGGUGGAGCCUGAAUGGUACAUUCCCAUAAUUCCCCUGGUGCUGGUAAACGGAGCUGAAGGUAUCGGGACAGGCUGGGCUUGUAAAAUCCCCAACUAUGACCCACGAGAGAUCGUCAACAACAUCAACCGCCUGCUCAACCACCAGGACCCUCUGCCAAUGGUAAAGACAGCCCACUUUUCUCCUGUGCCAGUUAGGUCCACGUCCACAGUGAUGUGUGAAAAGGGCAUAAACCCUCUCUCACAUUUUAAAACAGGAUUUUUGAAACACUUUUUAAUGGAUGUAAAACUGAACCAUCCUUUAAUUUUUACUCCUUUGUAAUCAAACAGCUUCCCAGCUACAAAAACUUCAAAGGUUUGAUCCAUGAACUGGGUCAGAACCAGUACCUGGUCAGUGGAGAAGUGUCAGUCAUUGACAGAAACACCAUCGAGAUCACAGAGCUUCCUAUUCGGACAUGGACACAGGUGAAGUUCAGCCUCUGAUUCCUCAUAACAGUUUAAUUUUUUAGUCUACUAAGUGGAGCUUGUCAGAUGUCUGUUGUACUCCUGUUUUGAGACCAUUUUUCCCUCCAUGUGUGCAGGCCUAUAAGGAGUCAGUGCUGGAGCCCAUGGUGCAGGGCACUGAGAAAACACCAGCCCUCAUCAACGACUAUAAGGAGUACCACACAGACACCACCGUCAAGUUUGUGGUCCGCAUGUCUGAGGAGAAGCUGGCGCAGGCUGAGGCAGCCGGUCUCCACAAAGUCUUCAAGCUGCAGUCCAGCCUGACCUGCAACUCUAUGGUAAACAAAGAUUAGGGUCUAAAGCCAAGUAUAAAUACUGGAGCGGGUUUUCUGGAAGUAUGACUUCUGGUUCUUUCCCUUAUUUAGUUUUUAGAGUGUCAGUCUUCAUUCAGCCUCAGUCAUAUUUUUGCCUUUUUCUGAUUCCUAAAUGAUAAUCAGAGCUAACGAUAACACUCCUCAGGUGCUGUUUGACCACAUGGGUUGUCUGAAGAGGUACGAUUCGGUCCAGGACAUCCUCAAGGAGUUCUUCGAGUUGCGCCUGCAUUACUACAAACUGAGGAAGGACUGGAUGCUGGGCAGCCUGGGCGCAGAGGCCUCCAAACUCUCCAACCAGGCUCGCUUUGUGCUGGAGAAGAUCGAAGGGAAAAUUACAAUCGGUCAGGACAAUGAAAAUUCAAACCUGUAUGUAAUUGUAUGAACAAGCUUCCUUUUGUUAAUCACACUGUUUGUCUUUGUGCUUACAGAGAACAAAUCUAAGCGUGAGCUGAUCCGCAUGCUGGUCCAGAAGGGUUUUGAGUCUGAUCCAGUGGCUGCCUGGGCCAAGGCUCAAGAAAAGGUAUUAUGAUAAUAAUAUGCAACUAGAAAGUUCCAGGGAAAUUUUGAUAUGUGCCUGCCCGAUUGCCGAUUUGCUGCUGCUUGCCACUGAUUUACUUACAUUUAGGCCAUGUUUUGGGUGGAGAUCCACGAGGGCAUUAAUGUGUUAAGGGCUACUUCCUGUUUGGGGAUGGUGGGGACAUCCAAGAUGGGAAUCAUCUCCAUGGUGACAGUGCACCUGCAGCUCACCUGUGACACAGACUUUGCUUCACUGAGCCUCUCCCUGCUUAGAACAGGACUGGCCCAAACAAACUCACUUAGUAGGAGAAACUGUAAGAGAUCCUUCAACCUGCAGUUUUCUCAGGUUAAAGGGUUCGGGUCUCAUCUAAAGGUCAGAGUUCAAAUCACAUUUCUACCUCAAAGUAUGACAUCACAAUUAAGCUCCAAAUAUGGAGACCACCCCAUGUUUUCAGCAGCUCCAUUCACUUUGAAAAGGAAUCUUGAUAUCUCACAAGUGCCCACAAAAGGCUUGUUGCUGACAAACUACAUGUCGUAUCGGUAAAAACUCUGGACCGUGGGCGACUGCUCGAAUACAGCUACAACAUAUCAGAAUGACAAGUUGCUUUGCUUUACAGUUUGGACGGGAGCUCGAGUUGGUAGGAAAAAAUGAGCAACAGUCGGAUGUGGAGCAUUUGUGUUCUUUUUGAAUGGCAGUGGAUGGAGGUGAAACAGGUACCUCCUCCCGAACAAAACCUCAUAGCUUGAAAAGUGAGUGUCUCACGGCUUUAAGGUCCACAUUUUCUGUCCGGCUGGUAGAUUUCCUAUGUUUUGGUGUAUAAUUUGUGUGUGUCAAGUGAAAAUUGUGGCAGUGGCAGCGAUUUAAAAAUUAAAAAUUGGGAUAACCCGUUCAGUUCUCUUCACUCUAACAUGAUGAGUCAUCACUGAAAUCACAGGUCCAGUGUCAACGUUUGGAUGUUUUAAUCACACUUCUACAUCAAAGUAUGGCAACAGGGCAAGGCGUCCAAGUCAUGUGAAAAAUCGAGUUUUUCUCGCCCUCUCCCAUCCGCUUACAUGGGGAAAUUUUCGCAGCUUUUUGGCUUCUAGCAUUAAUUGCUGAAGGUGCGUCUAUAAUAGUAAUAAUAAAAAAUAAACCCACCGUCCAGGAUACUAGUAUUCGCCUUGGCACGCAAUACACACUAAUGGGGAAUCUUGGGCGGCAUUUUUUUGCUUAGUUUUUUUCAUCACCCUCACCCCAUUUCAGGGGCAGGGGGUGUGUUGCUCUGCAUUUUGGGACCGUUACUGAGCCUGCCCGGAUGAUAACAAUAUGUGCAUACCUUGCUCGCAAGGCUCGACUUGGCAGGCACAUAAUUAAAUGAAUGCCUUUGACUAUAGAUAUGAUGCUGUGACUAUUAAAGAGCACAAGAGGGAGCUGUUUUUGCACUUGACACAACCUGAGUGGGUUUGUGGUGUAAGAUUAAAUGUUUUAUUUUUAUCUCUGACAGGCUCAGGAGGAAGACGGAGAGGAUGGGAAUGACAGCGACAGCUCAAUAGACUCUGGCUCCUCGUCAGGGCCAAACUUUAACUACAUCCUCAACAUGCCUCUGUGGUGCCUGACGAAAGAGAAGGUGGAUGAGCUGCUCAAACAGAGAGAUGUUAAGGUAACAAUGAUAAAUUUUAUGUAUAUUGCGCUUUACAUGUGAGAAAACAGAUCUCGAAAUGCAUACAGUGAAAGGUAAUAGUAAAAACAACAAAUAAUUUUUACUAGAGGUAUGACAGAUAAAUGUUUUAUUAAUUUUAUCUCAUAGUUCAUGUCAGGAGCAAAUGACCUUGAUCAAGGAAGGGAUUUGGAGUUAAACAACCAAAACAUGACACUUGACCAACAUAAAGUGUUUUAUUUGUGGAUUGAAGAUUGAAACAUGUUUGUUGAGAGGUGCUUUUUGAAAGCAUGCUCUCAAGAGGGAAGAGGGGCCUCAGGUGGAAAUCUUAAACAACCCAGCCUGCUAGCUUCUUCUGCAUACCUGCUGAUUUGUCUGUAAAUCAGAGAAGAAACACUGAAAAUUUCCCCCCAAAUUAGGUCGAUUGAAAGACACUUAUUAAAGUUAUAACAACAGAAAGGUGUUGAUCACAUGGAGCUCAGAGCUGCCUGUUAACCAGAUGAUAUGCACCCACCUGGGGGAGGUUAACAAAGUCUAAUAUGUUGAGUUGACUGAGAUCCAGGACCACAUUUCAGGGUUAUUGUGUGCUAUUGUUUUCAGUUAUCAGCUGUUGUCUAAUAAAGUGAAUGUGUGUGUUGAUGUACAGAGAGGAGAGCUGCAUGAACUCCAGAGAAAAAAUUCAGAAGAUCUUUGGAAGGAGGACCUUGCGGUGUUCAUCGAGGAGCUGGAUGUAAGUUUAUAAUGUUGUUUGCUCCAUUAUUAAAAAAAAACCGAUAAACUAUUCUUCAGAAGUUGAACAGCUAAGUGGAUCUGCAGCUGAUUUGUGAUAUUGUUGAGGAUGUAUCAUAGCUUUUGUUUGUUUUGUGCUGGUCAGUUUUGUGAUUUUCUCUCUUUCGAACAUAAAAACUCAACUUCUGCAUUUCUUUGCUGGUAGAAACUGGAGGCCCAGGAGAGAGAGGAGCAGAGUUUAGGAAAGGCAAUCAAACUAGUGAAGGGGAAAGUGGGCAAACCUAAAGUGAAGAAGAUGAACCUGGAAGAGACCAUGCCCUCACCCUUUGGACGCAGGGUGGAGCCUCCGACUCAGCCAAUCAAAGCUGAUGCAGCCAAGAAACUGACCAAAAAGAAGAAGGUAAAAUGGCCCUUAUCACACUGGAUCAAGUAGAUUGAUACCAGAAGAUUCUGGGUUUUUAAAAGUGGAUGUUUUGUCUCAGGGAGACGCAGACCUGGCGGCAAAGUUGGACUUUGAUGAGGAUGGCUUGGGCGGUGAAGGAACAGUACCAGGAGCGAGUGAAAACUCUGUCCCCAAAGCAAAAACUCCACGGGUCAAGAAGGAGAAGAAAGAACCUGGUCAGUACUCGAUUAAGACUGUUAAAAUGAUUUCGUAUAGUACUUUAAGAGUCGCAACAAAAUCCCAAUACUGUUUCUGUUUAGCUGGAAAGACAUAUUUUUGAAUCUUCAGGAAAAAAAGUUCAGAAAAAGUUUCAGUCGAUCAAAGAUGUUCUCCUGUUUCAAACUUUGAAAGGCUUCAGUCGAGAGAUUUGACUUUUUUCUAUGGAUUAUUAUUAUUAUUAUUAUUAUUAUUAUUAUUAUUAUUGUUGUUGUUGUUGUUGUUGUUUAUUAUUAUUGUUGAUGUUUUUGUUAUUAUUGUUAUUAUUAUAUACCUCUUAUAUAUAUUAUUAUACCUCUUUUGCAAGAGAGGCCUGUCCAAGAAUGGCAGCACGUAAAGUUUCAACACAUAAUCACAUGAAAGAUAAUUAAUAAAAAUACAAACAACCCAGAUAACCUUUGAUAGAGUGAGGACACAGUGAUGAGUUAGAGCUCCAAGGUUUUUGAUGAACCUCAGAGCACCAUGAUACACACUGUCCAGCAUGUGGAGGCAUUUAGCAGAAGCAUUCAUAUGAAACACAUCAAGAUGAAUGAUAAAUGAUUCAUCAGCACAGACAGACAUUUGUCAACAAUAAGUGUCCAGAGAUGACACAGUGUUCCCUCUGUGGGGGAAACUGUGUUGGGCUGGUUUAAAAGCUUUUAUAUCCGCAGGCCUCUUUGAUGCUUUGCAGUGCAGCAAGGAAACUGUAAUCCAUUAUUGAACAACCCCGAGCUCCUCAGAGUUUAGUGAGAAAACCGACAGUCGACAAACAGUCUGGUAAUCUUGUUUACUGUGUUGCAGGAGCUCCCAGAGUCAGAAAAACUCCAGGACCUAAAGGUCCGUCUGGAAAGAAGGUGAAGAAGAGAAAUCCCUGGUCUGAAGAUGAAUCCAAGUCAGACAGUGACCUGGAGGACAAUGAGCCAAUCAUUCCCAGAGAGAAGCAGUCCCAGAGGGCGUCAGGUAAAAACAAUCCUUACCUAAAGGCUGCAUCUGGAAGAUAUUUCCCUCCUAUCGUAAAAAGAACCGCAGAUGAAGUCAGAAAUCAGAUUGAAGUGUGUUUCUUGGCUUUGUGAGGGUUUACUUGUUGUUGGGCAAUAUGACUGCCGUCUAUCAGGCUCGGUGCGCUUGAUGUAAAUUUGAUUAAGGACGUUGUCUGUAGUUCAACCUGUUUUAGGAGUUUAGAUCAACUUAUUUCUGCCCAGCUGGUGCACUCGACUCCAGAGGGAGUGAUUUAAAAUAAAACUUGAAAAUAACAAGAAACAGUACAGCCCAUAAGAUUUACAUUUUAAUUUGUUUGAAGUUAAAUCAGAAUAAAGCUGGGACUCGAAAGGCUAUAUCUAACAUUAUAUGGAUGUGUAUGUUAUAGGGCAGAACCAUCCCUCAAAUACAUUGAGUAACUUCAUAAAUACUUAAUUUUUAAAGCUCUAUAUCUCUGCUCCUGUUUGCUAUAUAAGCACACACAAGCAGCUGAGCGCUCUUCAUCUCUCAAUGUAUUAACAAUUUUUCCACAAACUUCAUCCCGAGAAACCUGUGGGAGAUUAAUGCUGAUGAACGCGGGCAUCACCUUUUUACCGCCUUUCUUGAAGUGAAGUUGAAGUUUGGGUGAAUUUUAAGUGAAAUGUUUCCCUGCAGCCUUUGCCCCACGUACUUGAAACCCUGACAGCUCUCAGAUCUCAGACAGCCUUAUGUUUUUAACUCUGCAGGGGGGUGUCCAGUCCUCUUAACUGGGGUGGUAACUGGGGCACUGACAUAGGUAGAGGGGGCCGAGUAUCUGUGCACACAGAUUAUUAUCAUUUACCCUCUUUGUCUCCAUGAUCUACUGUCACAACUGUCAUUAUUGUCACAGUAGAUAUCAUUUUCAUGUGUGUAGUUCAGUGAUGUUCUCCAAGUUCACUAGCCAAGUUUAGUUCAUUUUAGGUCUAAUGAUGUGACAAGGUAACCAUGUAUUAUAACUACCACUGGGAUAUCUGCAUUGUGACAGCAGAAAUGGCAAAAACCCAUUUGAAUGGAAAAAACAGCUUUCUUCUUUGAUUACUCGAUUAAUCAGCCGUUUAACUGAUAGAACUCUUAAACACUACAAUAUUUGAUCGCUGCAGCCUGAGUGCAUUAUAAUAUAUGAGAUUAGCCUCAUGUACGUUUAAUAGUAAGGUAAGUUUAGAGAAGGAAACACUGGCCCUGUAAGGAGCAGGCUGAAUGAAGAACAGAGCCUGUGGAGACGGUGACUGAAUGAAAGAGUUUUAAUUAAACAGCCAUUUGAGAUUGUAAUUUUCUUGUUUUAGCUUGUUAAACUGCUCAAACAUCCUUUGUGUGAGUCUUUCUGCUUUUCUCUCUCUUUUCAACAUGAACAAAUUCUUUGAUAAGCCGCACCGUCAGCACCAGGCAGCUGGUUACACACUGACUGGUAGCAUUUCAUUUCAAUCCACUUGAAGCAGCCUGGGGCCAAAAAUAACUUGUGAACUGUGUCUGCGUUUCCUCAGUCUGAUUAUUCUCUGUCGGCUUCAGGCGUCUGAGGGCGCCGGCUGAUGUAACCCAGCCGCAACACUCAUAAUGAUUGUACAAGAGAAUCCACAGCUAUCAGAAUAAUGUGGUUUGACACAGACUCUGCUCCUCUCUGUCAGCUUCCAAACCGAAAUACACGUUUGACUUCUCGGAGGAGGAGGCGGAGGCAGACGAAGAGGAGAACGGGGACGACGAUGUGGCUUCCUCUCCUGUGAGGUCUUUCAAAGACGACUUCUCUUCCUCUGUGACAAAGGAGAGCUACAACGACCUCAAUGACGAGGACGAGGACGACGAAGACUCCUUUUCUCCUUCAAAACAAAAGACCACGUAAGAUUCAAGCAGAAGUCAACAGUGGGGCUGCACAAUAUUUGGGAUAAAAACUCACAUCAUGCUAUCUCCACUUGCCUGUGGAUAUAAACACUGAAACACAUAAUAAGUAGGAAAUCAAACCAGAAAAAGGCAGCAUGUUUACAUCAAUGUUUAUCAGGACUGAGAAUGUUGAAGCGUUUAUCUGCACACUUAUGGUGAGUUAGUUCUUAGAGCCACCUAGAUAAGCAAGACAUGUCCAAAUGAGUCUGUGCAGAGUGGGAGAGAAUGACCAGUCUGGUCAUUAUAAACUGUUGUGAUGUUAAGGUACAAAACUUAAAGAUCAAAAAAACAGUUUCAUCAUCAGUAAUGAAGACAGGAUUAGCUGAGAAAUACAAGACGUACACAACAGAUGUAAUUUUUUAUUAAAGGGGAAAAACAAACAAAGGACAAAAAAACUUACUAAAUCACGAAGUUUAAUAUCUCCUCUGGCAUAAAUACAUCAUACGUUGACAUCUAUAUCAUGGCUCCAUGUAUUCAUCCUUUUUCAUGAAUUAAUUCAAAAUCCGUUGUGAAUAUUUCUGCCUUUAGAUAUGUGAAAUAUUCACGUACUGCAUAAUCAGACCACAUAACCCUUUUUCAACUCCGUAAGACGUAUUUCUGGCUAAAUUAAAAACAUAAAAUGGAUUGUGAAAAGCAUCAAAUGAUGGAUGUUGUAAUUAUUAAACUGUUAUGUCUUGUAAAAUGCCAAAAAAACAAAAACAAUAUUGCAACAUUGGCAUCUGUUUUGGUGGUUAAAGACCAACAGCUACUCCCAAAUCCUACUUGAGUUAUUUACAACAUGUGGAGCUGUGGUUUAUGCAUUAUAAUGAGGGGAUCACUCUCAAAGCUCAGUGAACACCUACGCUCUCUAGAUGAAGACGUGAGACAUCCAUUGUUUAUAUGAUAAUGUGUCUCAUUGAUAGUAAUAGUGGGCCAAACAUCUUCCAGGUCUCAUUACUGACAUCACACGUCCUGUGAUCCUAUGCACAUUGAACAUCACAAUUGCAGUAGUUAGAUGAUAUAUCGUGCAGCCCUCAUCAUGAAAUCACUGAGAUAUAUUGACAUUCAGGAUUGUGUGUAUGUUAAAGAGACAGUUUCAUGUGUUUUAUCACAGCUUACUAACCACUUCCUAACUUUCUCUGGUGUCUGUGUGAGCUCUCAGCCUGAAAUGUUAACUGUGUGUCCUUUUGUUGCAUGCUCAUCCUCUGUCUCAUCCUCAUUUCCUGUCACCUUUCAUCUGUCUGCAUUUUAAAUAAAGGCAAAAACGCUCCAAAAAAAAGCAAAAAGAAAAGAUGAAUAUAAGCUGUUUCUGCUUCUCUGAAGGUCCACGCCUGUAGCUAAAAAAAAAGAGACAACCAGCAUCUUCUCGUCCAAGUCAGCCUUCUCUGAAAAGAGCAAUGACAGCGGUGAGUAUGACUCUGUGUAGGUGUCAGUCACACUUGUCUACAAGUCUGUGACAUGUUGUGAAGUGUAGACCAAGUUCAUAUGUCGCCUUUUUGUGUGUUGUAGAUCAUAUUUUUUUGAGUUCACCAACAAUUUCAGUCUUUGUUUGGGUAAAAUUAAUCCUUCAUAGUCACAAAUUUGCUGCAUUUUUAAAGUUUUGUCAGUAAAGAACAAAGAAAAAUGGUUAAAAAAAAAACAGCACAACUUGGUCUUGAACCUGAGAGUUUUCACUCCAUUUCAUAAAACAACAAUGAAAACCUGCAUUUUUUUAACUUUUCAGAUGCUAUCCCUGGAUAAUUAUUAUUAGUUAUUACUCAUGCAUAUAGCUGUUGCUGCAGGAUUCAUUGAUGUCAUGGUAUUAAUCUUAAAAAUGCUUGUUUGCUGAAUUGAAGUACAGUGAGCAGAUUCUGGAUAUUGCAGAAUGUCCAUUAUAAGGUGAAAACAUGAAGAUAGCUCAUGGAUAAAUCAGUACAGUUCAUAAGUCCCCUGAGAUCAAGAUGAGUGCUUUUCUCCCGUCUGUACAAAUGCUGUUGGAGCAUCUUGUGUCAUUUAUGGAUGGCACAGACCCACGAAAGGUCUACUUGUCUUUUCACUUCAUAAUGUUUAUAUACUUUGUGGUAUCUGCCUUUGUCUUGAAUGCAUGGUUUCAACAUAAUAAGUAGAAAAUGUCAUUAUAAAUCGCGUCAUUUUUGUCAUGCACAACAAAACGAUUUACAGUUUGAGACACGCAAAGCCAUGUAGUGGGUCAGUUCUGUCAGACUGGGCCAAGCAGGUGUAUCUACGGUUGAAUUUUUAAACCCGACACACAUUUGUACAUUAAUUUUCUUAGUGCAUAUACAUAACAGUGAUAAAUGCAAUGCAACUUUAUAACUUCAGUAUGGAUGAUAAAAAGAUGAGCAAUUUUGCAGGAGUGAUGUGGGCACAUUUAAACUGCAGCACAAACCUCCACAGACUUUAAUCUGCAGUUUACUGUAUCUGAAUUUAAAGCAAAGGCGUGUACAGGCCUUAAAAUCUCAAACUGUUGAUAAUAAACAUUAAUUUCCCCAGAUACCGAAUCACAUCUGGCCUUCAACAUCACUUCAAACAGCAGCAAUUACACAAAUCUAAGAUGUUCUGCUCUAACAGAGCGCUAACACAGACUCCUGAGUCAUUGAAAGACACCAGAAAUGGCCGCUCCUACUCUGGAUUAUGUAUUAAAAAAACAACGAGGAACAGAUAUGAAAGCUGUAGUUAAAAAACACUAAAGCAUCUCUAAAACAAAUGUUACUCAAUGCCUGGUAUGCACAUGUCUAUAGGAUCAAAAUGAAAACCCAAACUGUUGAAAUAUUCACGCAGAGAGUGGACAGUGCAGCUGAACUUUGACCUGUGCUUUCCUUACAGAUGGGUCCAAAUCAGACAGUGAUGAAGACCGCGGCAUCUUCACAACUUACAGCUCGUUCAGCUUAUCGCCAGCAAAGAAAGGUAAUGACUCAUUGUGUUCAGCAGAGGGAGCAUUGCUAAGAGACACAGUUACAUUAUAGAAUCUGAGAAAAGGCAUGGACAAGACAUUUGGACCACCGGUUAUUUGAGGAUGCUCACCAGAGGAUAACCCCUUUGUUUGUAAACUUGAACCCUAUUCGAAAUUAUUUUUAUAUCAACAUGGCCAAGACGCAACAGACUCUUCAGGUGCUUAUUUUUACCAAAAGUAGACAGUAAUUGGACAUUGAGUAUUGUGUGGUGAAUUGAGGUACUUUAAAUUCUUUGAAUAAACAGCGUAACUGUAGCUAAAAGGUCUUUCUCACUGAACCAAUCACAGAAAAUUCAAACAAUCAGGCCUUGUUUAAAAGUAUGACCCAGUUUUAAAAAUGAAGUUGUUACACUUUGGGCCAAAGAUGCGGUUUGUGAUGCAUGAAAUAAAAGUUGUGUCUGAUGUCAUUUUGUCACACAAAACAUAGAAGAAAAGCUUAAAAUAUGACGAAUAAGAGGUGUUUAGUUUUACUGUUUCAGCCAUAUCAAUGCUUCUGCUUCUGUGUGAUCUGUUGCAGUUAAAACGCCGUCUGAUGCAGCUCCCAAACCCAAGAAAACACCAGCACCAAAAGCAAAGAAACCAGACAAAUCCAUCUGGGACUCUGACUCUGACGGCGGGUCCAAAAAGUCAACACCAGCUCUCAAAGGUGCAGCAGGGUUUCUUUACUUUUUACCUCCUUUAAAUGUAAGUCAGAUUUGAUUCCUGGUGGUGAACGUUCAUUUGUGUGCAGGUAAAGGUCGGGGGAGGAAGAGGAAGGGCUCUGACUCUGAGGAAGAUUACAGUCCAAUGAAGAAAGUUCCAAAACCAGCCAGCAAAGUGAGUAUCUGAGGGUUUCCAUUAGAGGAAGUGUCUGUCAUAUUUCUAUAAAAGCUACUUCAUAAACUUUCAAUUAUGCUCUCCCAUAGAGCUUCAGUGUCAACCUCAGUACUUACAUGAUUGUUCCCUGUGCAGAAACCUCAGAAAGCUCCGUCCGAUGAUGAGGAUGACAACAGCAACAGCCUGAGCAUGAGCAUGAUGAACACCUCAGCCCGUGACCGUGCAGGCCGAGCCAAGAAGGAAGUGAAAUACUUUGAUUCAGAUAACGACGAAGACGACGACAUGUUUAAUUAAAGCAGCCUGGUCACCUUCAGACACACUCCUCCUCCUCCUCCUCCUCUUUCUCUGUGUUCCUACAGACUUUUGUACAUUUCCUGUUCCAUUUUCUUUUCAUUAAUGGUGGCGUAUAAUGAUUUCUAAUGUGUAGGUGUUUUACACUUUUUAUUAUACAUAUACAGGUUUCUUUUUUUAUGCUCAUUGAAAUGUUCUGUAUUUGUCCGAAAGCGGCUUUUAGAAGUUUAGAUCGCUGUGCUUAAGCACAUUUUAAUUGUUAAAAUAAUAUGUAACUUUUUGAACAUGAAGUUGAAGUAAACAAUGAACUGUCCAUUUUGUUUCAGGUUCAUUUUUUUCAUCCCUCACUUCGUCUCUUUUAAACAAUCACUGUACUGAUAUCCCGUUAUUCAAGAAUAUUGAACCUUCCUGUAAGGAACUUUUAACUAGAUUUGAAAAAAUCUCUAAUUUCUGCUGAUGUCUCCCUGUCACCUGCAAUAGCAAAUGAGUGUGAAGAUCAGCUAUUUCUAUUCAGUGGAAACUGGGAAAACGGGAGACAGUGGUCCGGUCGGGACCACGGACGAAACGAUUUAAGGCACUCAGACCAGAGACAACACACGCCUUUUUUACGCUUUAAAAUGCUCUGAAAACGCGCACAUAACUGUCACUACACAAACAAUGACAAUGUCUUGCAGCAGGAGACUCCUGCAGACACCGAGUCAUGCUACAGCUGCAGCUACGGAGUGAAAAGCUCCUCCACACUGGAGACAGACAGGCAGAGCAGCUCUGUGUUACUAAACUCAGUAGUCCUGCUGAUCCACGUCUGUCUCACACACCACGGCCUGAUGUGCAAUCUAGAUAAGUGUCUGUACGACAAUACGCGCUAAAACACUACCGCUUUUGACCAUAGUGGCCGCCAAAAUCAACAGAAAAUGAAAACUCCGUCCAGCUGUAGUUUAGGAUCAUCAAUUCUGUGCACUUUGUCCACAGAGGGCGCCAAAAUUCAAACAACAUCUGGAAAGACCCAGACGUUGCUUAUAGUUAGAGCAUUUUUCAUGCAGUAGGUCAAAUCGAUUUAGAAAUACUUAAAAAUGUGAAGGGUAUGAACUGCAUGUGAAAAAUGUUUUGCUUGAUGGAUCUGAAAUACUUGUUAUUAAUUCCCUGUGAUCCAGCCUGAAUCCAGCCCUUAGUUUGGAUCAGAACAAUCCUGAUUUUAGAGAAAGUUAGUCCAGUCCUACUCAAAAGUUUUGAAUGCAAAUGCUUAAGUUCAAACCAAGAUUAGAAAUAAUUGAUUUAAUACAAUGUUGUAAUCCUUGUUAUUAUUAUUUUAUUUUUAUUCAAACUACCAUUUUUCAAGGUUUGGUCCAGUCUGACAUCUUUAAUCCGCUCAGUUCUCAUCCAGAACUGGGCCCUAGGUUUGGAAAACUUUAGAAUAAACACACUUGCAUUUUAAAAUAAAUAUAUUUUAUUACUUUGCCAGACAGUUCAUGGUAAAGUUAAACAGCAUAUGAACAUAAAAAGCAUAUGUUAAUGUACAAACAAAGACAAUAUUUAAAAUGGAGAGCUGAAACAGAUCAAAGCUCAAACCCCGGAGCAGCUCCUAAGGUCCAAUUCACCUUUAACCGGGCUGGGAGCAGGGGCUGAUGGGAAAAAUCCACUCCACCCCUUCCCCUGUCCACCCUCAUGUCUCUUAUUAACACGACUAUACAACACUGGAUGUGAUUGGUGGUGGAGUUUCUGAUGGAAAAAAGGCGACUGUGGACAGUUUUUGUGGUUUUUACCAAGAACACCUUCAGGACGGACAACAACAGAGCUGCAGGUGAUGAUUGAUUCUGAGGUUCACAGUCACAUUUUCAGGCUCCUUGAAUGAGGGUCAGACCGAUACAUGGGCCUCAUACUGGGAUAGGUUUACCUCUUAAGCUUUUCUGGUGGGUGAAUUGCACUGAGUUGACGUUUUGGGAGCCAAAAAUAAAACUGAGUCAGCCUUCCGCUUGAAAGUGUAAUCAAUGAUUAUAGCCAAAAGGCUGUAAAAAGCUGCAAGUAUUUACAGUGUUAUCAACAGGAUAUUUAUUUUUCAGAGAAUUCAUUGUGAAAUAGAAGUAUCAGCCAAAUACAGUUCCCUUAAAAAGUUUUGAUACUGAGUAAAAUUUUGAUCAAAGAAGCAAAUUUGAUGAUUUGCAAAUCCCAUAUAAGUUAUUUUCAUUAAGAAAACCAUCUGGAGGAGCAUCUCCAACUAAUGUGGUUCAUUUCCAACAUGACUGGGUAUAAAAAGGACAUUCAGAGAGGCCGAGUCUUUCUGAAGGACAAAUGAAGAGAGGUACACUGCUCUGUGAGAGCCUGCUUGAACUAACAGUUCAACGAUUUCAGAGUUCUUUCUGAUAGAACUGCAAAGAAUUUGGGGAAACCUGAGCGUUUUUAUUUUGAAUAAAACACAGAAUUUUCAAUCUCUGUGUCCGAUAUGUCGUCUUUGCUCGGUUUUCAAUCAAAUAAAAGGUUUAAAUAAUUAGAUUCUGCUUUGUUUACAAUUUUCACAAUGUCCCAACUUUUGAAAACUUUUGUAAAUUCAGAAAGUUUAAAUUAGUUAGUGUGACCAGGCCUUUAAAAACAUUAAACAUCCUCAAAAUACACUCUUGUUAAUGAUGUGACUACGAAGCCAUCAAAGGAGAUGACCAUCUUUAAAUAAUGAAUCUCAGAGUAUUGCCCACCCUUCCUCCCCUGAGUAUUAGAGUUUAAAACACGUUUUCCUAACAGCCAACAUUCAAGCAGACUCCCCCCUAACCCUUUCAAAUGUCGAAUCAUGAUUUAUGUUCUAUUCUUGCUGAUGUUAGCCAGAAAUAAACAAGGGCCUAUGUCCACUGACAGCCUUUUACACAAGGGGGCUGAUUUCCUCAAUAAAACCGUUACAGUGAAUCACUUCUAACAUCCUAAGCACAAAAACGCCCACUGCUUCUGUAAGUGUCCUUUCCUGCCUGUGAUUUUGGUUGUUAUUCCCAAAUAUAAACAAGGGCCUGUGUCCACUAACAGGGAUUUGUAUAGUGGAUGAAUGCUAGCAUCAAGUCAUCAAACAUAGGACUUUAACAUAGGAUACCGCUGUUUGAGUAAUGCCUCAGCCUGGCCAAGUAUGUGGUUAAAAUUGUUUGGUUUGGUUUAGGCACCACCACUGUAUAAUAUUAAUUAACACCAGUUUUCAGAAAGUGAGACCCUCUGAUGGAAAAAGCCCUAAAGGCUGACAAGUGCCAGCCAAUCACAGCACAGAGAGUAUUAUUAUAAACCAAAUUAUAGGAGAUAUAUGACACCAGCUGAAGCACUAAAGGAAAAUCUGAUUUAUUGAUUUUCUUUGACUGAGUAUUGGUGGAAAAUCUUGCCCUGAUAAAAUUGAAUAAUGUCUGUUCUGAAGCCCCGUAUCAGUCAAACCCUAGUUCAUUAGUCGACCUGUUUACCAGCCAGCCGUCGAUUGAUUGGGUUUGAUUGAUUGACAACAGCUGAUUGGCUCCCUGGCUGAGGAGCAGGAGGAGGAGGGAGCAGCUCUGUUGUUUGACAUGAAACAGGGAGAGAACAUAUCAAAGAUAUCUGCUGAGGUGACUUGGUCGUCCAUUUCUUCAAUUCGUGGGCUUUUCUGUCUCUAAAAUCAGACGUGUUUUGUGUGGAGCUCAGAUCAGCCCACAGAGUUCCAGCUCCUCUUUCUUUUUUUUCCCGUCUUGGAUGGGUUGAUGUUCCCAAGGACAAUAACAGAGCGUCUUUUUCCACAGAGCUGCCAAUUGGAAUGCAAAGCACACACCAUUUAUAUAACAUCUCUGCAGUGAGCUAGAUAGUAGAGUAUUACAGUUACGUCGGUACAACAUUCAACAGAAACGAACAAGAGUAAUUCAGCAUUGUGAAGCUGUUUCCUAAAGGAACAGAUAACAGACCCUGCGGCGGCCAGGCGUCCGAGGGUGGAGCCUGACGCUUCAGGGAUGGAUGUGGACAUUCUUCGGCUGUGAAGGUUUUCCAUCUUUAAGAACAAAAAACGAAAGAGAAAACACCAAGAUGCCUCCCUACAUCUCUCACCAGGAGAGCAAGACAGAGAGAGAACCCAGGGAGAGCAUUUCCUUAUGUUACAUUGAGAUAGAAGUAUUCCUUAACACUGCAUAUCAUUCUUCUGACAGACUCCAUGACAUUAUUCACAUUCAAACACGUUAAAACGAAAAACUGAAACACCUCUGGUUUCCCUUAUGAUAUGUAUUUCUGAGCAGGGAUGGGAUGCAGAUGGGUUUGUUAUUAUGUGCUGCUGAGACCCAGAAUCCGUCACUGCCCUAAAGGGGUGUCUAACUCGCAGACUUUGGAUCAAAUACAAGAAGCAGAGUGACUCAGUUCAGUCUGUUUGGCUGCAAAAACUGUCGAGUUUUCCAGACUCCAGGUAUGAGAGCCAAAAACAAGCAAACUAUUUUGUUUUUAUGUCAAGUUUAAAGGUACAGUGAGUAAUAUUUGGUGUUUUUUAGCAGAAGAGACUUAGUUUCUUGUCCUGGAAGGCCACCAUUGCUCUUCACUAUCAGGAGGGGUGAGCAAGGGGACAUUUUUCAGCAGAAUCUGACCACUAAAUAUCGCUACAUAUUUCCAUUUCCACACACUGCACCUUUAACUGACACAAUUAUGCAGCUUUAAACUUGAAGACGAUGCCAAACCGUCUUAAACCUGCAGUCUGGGUCAGGAUGUGUUUAAAACAGACAAAAGUAGGGUAGAGAUUGGGUAUGGCUGCUUUUUGUUAGACUGAUUUAUUCUUCUUUGACAGAAUGAAAGUGUAGCAUUGGAUUUUUUUCAACUACUUAUCCGAAUGUAGUUGCUUCUGCCCUUAAAAGAGCGAUAUAGCAACUCCCAAAAUGCCAAACUGGGGUCCGAUUCACAGAAGGGUUGAGCUGCUUUUGCACCCACUGGGAGGGUAAAAGGUACAGUCUAUUCAGAAUGCACAUGGAGAGGGUUAAAUGCACCAGAAACAGUGCUGCAGAAU